AAAAUAAUUACUCUGUCGAACAGAAACUUCUAACCCUAAUCAGUUGUGUUCUCUCUGCCUCCUCUCUCAAUUCUCUGCCUCCUCUCUCAAUCCAACAGAAUCUCACCCCUUUCUAUCGAUCUAAACUCUCCAUAUCCUCCAUUAAUCACUGGAGACGAUGUCGGGAAGGAAGAAACAGAAGAAGACGGUCACCUCCAGUGCGAAGACACCAUCUCCUCUUCCCUCGCAGUACGAGUUCGUUCCAAGAACUCAAGCGCCUCCGCCUAUCCGGAACCGCCAACCUCCACCAUCUGUGUCUGACUAUCCACCUCCGGCACAGCUUUUCCAGGACUCGACGGUCCAACCCAGAAGAGCUUCAACUCCAUCGCCACAACCUCGAGGGUCUCAGACUUCACAGACUCGAGUGUCUCAAACUUCACAGCCUCGAGUGUCUCAGACUUCACAGCCUCGAGUGUCUCAAACUUCACAGCAUGUGUCUCAGACUUCCUUACCUCGAGGAUCUCAAGCUUCAGCGACUCGAGAACCACACUCGCCACAAUCUCAGAGCACUCCUGAAGCUCAAAACUCAGAGACUGCAGAAGGUUCAGAAGAUGAAGAAUUUAUGCAUGUAGAACCGACUCUCUCCGAAGACCAGAUGGAUGUUGUCAAUGCUCUUCUCUCCCAGCCAGGCAGGGAGCGCUUGACUACCCUUUCUCCCUACUUGGAACCUGGAACCACUUGGUUUGGUCAGGACAAGGGUAAACUGACUCGGAAGAUCACUAAGAUCUUUAAAAACAAGUUUAAUGGUCCAUACUACAGCUGGACUGUUGUGCCUCGCGGAAGACAAGAAAGAUGGUUUGUAGAGUUUGCAAAAACUCACACAUGGAGUCCUACACUAACCGGUUUAGUUCAGAAGAAGUUUGAGAAGAUAGGUCAGCUCCGUCUCAAAGGCAUUGUUAGCACUUGUAGGACUACUCGAAAGAGACCAAACUGGAUUAAGAAAACUUUGUGGAGAAAAAUGUGUGCUUUUUGGGACACUGAUAAAGCCAAAGAAAAGAGUUUGACGGCUUCAGUUGCUCGGAUGUCUGACCGUAAUGGUCUUGGUCCUCACAAGCACAACUCUGGGCAGAAGUCUUUCAAACAAAUCGAGCAAGAAUUGGUAGAGGAAUUGGGCAGACCGGUGACUCUUAGUGAAGUCUUCAUUAAGACUCAUACAAAAAAGGAUGGGACCUUUGUGGAUAUGAAAGCACAGGAGGUUGCUGAGGUGUAUCGGCGGAACAAACAGUCAAGGUUGGAGGACCUUGAGGCUGAAAAUGCAGACCCUUCAGAGUCUAGUUCACAAGCUCCAGAGCUCUCUAUAGAUGAGGAUAAUGAGAUAUUCCUCCUGUCUACUUUCACAGACAAAAGAGGAAAACAUUAUGGAAUUGGAAGCCUCAAGAGUACUCUCGUCAAUGGAAAGCGGAAGUACAGUGCAUCCUCUUCAAUCCUGGACCUGCAAACACAGCUUGAUGAAGCUCACCGCAAGAUCGAGGAGCAGGCUGCCCAGAAUGCAAUUGCUCUCCGCAAAAUCGAGGAGCAGGCUGCCCAAAAUGCAAACAAUCUCCGCAUCAUCGAAGAGCAGGCUGCCCAAAAUGCAGAGCAGGGAGCACAGCUCAAGGAGUUAUCGGUAAUGAACAAGUUUAUGAUUGCAACAAAUCCUCAGUACGUUGAAUUCGUUGCAGCUAACAAGUCUGGUGAUUAAGUUCUCUUUUUCUUAGAAUCUAAGUUCUUUCUUUUGUGUACUUUCAAACUUAUGAUCAGGUGUUAAAGUAUUUUCAGCUUGUUAAACUCCUAAAUAAGGAGUUCUUUUGUAUCAAAACAUAAGCUUGUUAAAAUUUCCAGUUUCUUAUUA